ACAAAUAUGUGGCUCAAAGAACCCUUCCAUUGGCAACUUGGUUGGUUACUACCCCUUGACUGUUUUCGACUACACCGAGUGAACAUGAGAGGGAUAAAGAAAAGUAGUUAUAUUUGUUGUGCCUCGUACCAUUCAAAAUUGUCGCUCUGUCAACAAAAGGAUUUUCUAGACGCUGUAUGGUCCAGUCAUGUUCAACCUGGCGACUCUUGUAUCGAUGCAACGUGUGGAAAAGGUAGAGACUCAUUACGUAUUGCAAAGUUGGUUGGCCCUAAGGGUUUUCUUCUUGCUUGUGAUAUACAAACUUAUGCCAUAUAUCAAACAGAAGCGCUAUUGCGGUCAGAGAUCGAUCCUUCACAGUACCCACGCGUAGAGUUUGUUUGUAAUAGUCACGAGUUUCUUUCAAAAUAUGUAAAGGAUAAUAGUAUUCGUUUAAUAAGCUAUAAUUUGGGUUAUCUACCGAAUGGAGACAGACAAAUAAGAACAACAGCAAGAACAACUACAAAUAGCUUGGAGAGUUUACUUCCAAAGUUGUGUCACUCGGGUAUCAUUUCCUUGGUUUGUUAUGUUGGCCAUCCUGGAGGUUUAGAGGAACGAAGUGAGGUAUUGAACUAUGUUGCCAAGUUACCAAAGGAUACUUGGAGUGUAACUUACCAUGAAUGGUAUCUUUCGAUUCCUUUCAAUCUAUAUUCGAGAAUUGAUUAUAUGAGUCAUUCUUUAUAGGAUCAAUCGUUCUUUAGCUCCCAGUAUUGUUAUUGUCGAGAAGAAGUAGCGGGUUCUAACAAUAU